GGAAGGUUUUCUCUCUUCUGAGGGAACGAGUCAGAUUCCCAUUUCAAGAGUGUCAUGACAAAGGUGACUGGAGGCCCACCAGAGAAGAGUGAAUCUCCAUAUGCCGCCGGGAGAUUCACAAAUUCUUUCCCGCGGGAUUUAUUUUCUAGAAUGGACUAUUUCUAACAAAAAAAGAAAAGGAAGAAGAAGAAAAAGAAGCCGCCUUUUUGCGUUUGGGAUUUUACAGCGCUUGGUUUGGACCUCGAGGGCUCCUCAGCUGGUCGAGUGCUCAUGGAAGGUACAGAAGGAGCCUGAAUGCGGUCUCCAAGCCCUGAGUGAAAUGCCUCACUGAGAGUUCUUCCUCUGAGUGGUAGAGAUCCAGCAUGUAGAGGAAAACAAGUCCCUUCACGCCUGGGAACCGUCCGACAUCAUAAUGGGGAAUUCAUAUGCCGGGCAACUGAAAUCUGCCCGAUUUGAGGAGGCUCUCCACAACUCCAUCGAGGCGUCGCUGCGCUCCAGCAGUGGAGAUCCGCAGCCCAUCUUCACACAGCUCUACCUGGAGCCGGAGCCGUUUCCUGGUAACAUCGACGACAUAAAGCCGAAAGGCGAGCUCCACGGCGGGGAGGCGCACGGCAGCGAGAUCACCAACGGCCACUUGUCCAACGAUCUGGAGGAGCUGGAGGAGGACGAUGACUCGGACGGCAGCAGCCCCCCACUUCCCUACCUGCAGGCCCCGCCCCCCGACGGCUGCUGCACGCUGGACGGGUUCUGUCAGGCCGGCAAGGACCUCCGCCUGGUUUCCAUAGCAACAGAGCACAUCGAAGUCCCAGCGGGCUUCGAGCUGGUCGGUGCCAAGUCCCCCAGCGUCCCCGAGCACAUCCUGGUGUGUGCGGUGGACCGCCGCUUUCUGCCUGACGAGAACGGGAAGAAUGCACUUUUAGGUUUUUCAGGGAACUGUGUGGGAUGUGGGGAAAAGGGCUUUAGAUACUUCACCGAGUUUUCAAACCACAUCAACCUGAAGUUAUCCACCCAGCCCAAGAAGCAGAAGCACUUAAAACACUACCUGGUGAAGAAUUCUCAGGGUGCUCUGUACAAAGGACCCCUCAUCUGUUGGAAAGACUGCAAAACCCGCCAGAUCUCCAGCAGCGCGCCGACGUCCAAACCCAGCUCGUCCUCCUCUGUCAGCAGCAAAGAGAACGGGGGCGCCAGCGGACACAGCUCCUCGCCCUUCUCCUUCUCGGAUUCCCCACCAGGGAGAACGACGCAACUGUCCUCGGUCUUUUUCGGGAGUCAGGACCUCGGCAGAGACUGCAGUUUCCUCAAACCUCUGUCCGCCACAUCUGGAAACAAGACUCUACCGUUAGUCCCCACAGCUCUGAGGGUGAACGGGCCGCCCAAUUGCCUGAGCGUCGACGUGCGGCCCCCCUUGCUGAGCCCCUCCCAGGUCUCCCUGGGGCCGCAGGCUCACGCGUAUCGCACUGCUGACUUAGGGGACAGUCCUGGUUCCGCAUCCUCUGCCAUGCACUCGGGCCCCCCGAAGAAGCGCCACCGGAGCUGGCAUCCCAACUCGCUGCUGCCCGUCCCAGCCGUCCCCGUCCCCGUCCCCGCCAUCCGGCCGAUCGCCUGCUCUCCGGGUCCCGUAUUAGGAGUGUCCCCUCCUCAGCCCCCAGCAGUAGGAGUCAUCCAGCCGCUACCUGUCACCGCUGGAGAGACGGUCAUCGUCCCCGACAACCUACUAUCCUCCUCGGGAGUUCGCCCCGUCAUCCUCAUCGGGCACGGCACUCUGCCUUAUUUCUACGGGAACGUCGGCGACAUAGUGGUGAGCCCCCUGCUGGUCAGCUGCUACAAGAGCAGCCAGCUGACGGAGAAAGCCCUGGAGACGUUGGGCCUCAACGGCAGCCAGCUCCUGUGUGUGGAGACCAUGGCUCUGCUCACGUUGCAGUACCUCGCUCGUUUAGGCCCGAUGCAGAUCCCUCUGAGGGAGGAGCUGGAGCAGAUCGUCCUGAAGGCCAUGCUGUGCUGCCCCAGGGGUCCGGCCAUCUCCCCGUCCCAGCUGCCCUGGUUGGCCCGGCUGGAAGCCAGCGUCUCGGGGGGCAGCGUGCAAGUCGUCGUCACCCAUAACUCCCUGGGAGAGGGCAUCUCGGAGUCGCUUCGCUCUCUGACCGAGGGCCCUCAACCCCAGAAGUGCCUGCCGACCUACGUGGUCAUCAUAUGUGCCUCGAAAAUGAGCGGCAACGAGUUCUGUGUGCUCGUGCUGGGAAAGUAUCAGGCGCGGGCCUUGGCUGAAGGCAUGCUGACAACCAACGAGUUUCUCAAGGAGAUCAGCUACGAACUCAUCACGGGGAAAGUCAGCAUCUUGGCGUCUCACUUCAAGACCACGUCCCUGGGAGACAAUCUGGACAAGCAGCUGGUGCGAUACCAGCGCAGAUGGAAGGGACAGGUCGUCCAGCCCUUCCAGAGCGACGUCACCGAGCACAUCCACUCCCAGGAGGCUGCCAGCAUGUCACCGCCCUCAGACAGAGAGCUUUUAGGAAAGCUCUUCCAGAUCUACCCCACCCAGCUAAGCGUGGCCCGCAGCCUCCUCUCUCAAGUCUGCUCCAUCGCCGACUCGGGAACCCAGAACCUCGACCUGGGCCGCUUUUGUAAAGUGGACUUCCUCGUUCUGGUCCCUCCGUCCCACAUUCUGGUGCACCAGACGGCGCAGCGCAUCCGCCAAUCAGGAGUCCUCGUCGACCUCGGCGUCGAAGACGUCUGCUCGGCCCACCAGAAGUCGGACAAGUACGUGGUGCGUCUGGACGGGGACGUUCACGCCAAGAUGGAAGCCUUCAUGAGGAAAGUCAAGCAGAACCCCUACACCCUGUUCGUCCUCAUUCACGACAACUCGCACGUCGACCUCACGAGUGCUCUGUCGGGCUCCGUGUGCCACGGCGAGCUGCAGGGUCUGGCCGACCGGGUGGUCAACUGCCAGGAAGUCCUAGAUGCCAUGAACCUCCUGGUCCUGCAGGUCAGCUGCUUCCCGUACACGCUGCAGACCCACCAGUCCCGCAUCAGCAUCCACAACGAAGUCCACUGGCCCUCCAGCGAAAGUCUGGGGGAGCAGUCCCCCAACGAGUUGCUCUACUUCGGCCUGCGGGACUACAGCAGCUCCCUGCAGUGGGGCGUGGCCAGCCCCAUUCUGCGCUGUGAUGACGCCUUUGAGAAGAUGGUCCACACGUUGCUGGAGAGACAUCCGCACCUUCACAGCAUGGUGAUCCGCAGCUACCUGCUGAUUCAGCAGUACACCGAGGCCAUGAUGGCCUUGACCUCCUCGCCGUCCCUGAGAGACCACAUAACCCCGGAGACCCUGGCCAUGGUGGAGGACCUGAUCAACGCCCCGAGCAGAGAGGGCUCCCGGGGCCGGGGCCACAUGCUGCUGGUUCGAGUCCCCUCGCUGCAGCUGGCCAUGCUGGCCCGGGAGCGCCUCGAGGACGUGAGGGACAAACUGGGGCUCCAGCUGUGCUUCGCGGUGCUGCUGGGAAGUCCGGCCACCGAGCUCAACCUCCAGAAGAACUUCACCAUGCGCCUCAAGGCGUGGAGAGGCUGUGAGAAUGAAGACUGGGUGCCACACACCUAUGAGGAUCUGGAAGGGCUGCCGUGCAUCGUCAUCCUUACAGGGAAAGACCCCCUCGGAGAAACCUUCCCCAGGUCUCUGAAGUACAGCGACCUGCGUCUGAUAGACUCCAGCUACCUGACCCGCACGGCGCUGGAGCAGGAGGUGGGUCUGGCCUGCACCCACGUGUCCAUGAGCGUUGUCCAGGAACCCAAGAGGGCCAUGGCCCCCCGGGAAUCCGACGGGGAGAAGGCCCCCGCUGGCUUGAACGAUGGAGACGAGCUGGAGAGGCCUCAAAGCAACGGCAGCGCUGCCACCCGAAACUCCGGCUCUUUGGCGGAGAACGGCGUCAGUUCAUCGGACAACGCCGACUCCUCCCAGAGGCCCUCCACCUCCACCGGCCCGCCCGACGCUGGCACGUCCCCCGACGUGGGCUCGGCGUCGCAGGGCUUCAAGCAGGAGUGCGACUCCCUCGAAAGCCAGUUCUCCUCCAACCCCUCCAAGGCGCCCAACGCCCCUCCCUCCCUUUACUCCAGCUCCUCCUCUUCCUCCCCGUCGUCCUCCUCCGCGCAGCGGCCCAGCCAGUCCACGCAGUGCGUCCGAGAACCCAAGCCCGCCCGGGUGUCCCCGCGGACGGUCAUCAUGUCGCGGGCGGCGUACAGCCUGCUGGCGGGCGAGUCGGGGAGCCAGCUGAGCUCCUUCUCCUUGCUGCCCCACGCAGACGUGGCCUGGAGCAGCCCGCUGAGGCCCCUCGUCACCCCCAACCUGCAGGGGCCGGAGCAGAGCGCCUACUACCGCGAGUGGACCGUCGCCAGGCAGCACCACGCCGAUUACGAAGCUCCGGCUGUGCCGCACCCGCGGCGCCUGCUGCUCAGCGGACCCCCACAGGUGGGAAAAACUGGAGCCUAUCUACAGUUCCUCCGCAUCCUGUUUCGAAUGCUCAUCAGACUGUUGGAAGUCGAUGUGUAUGAUGAGGAAGAGGAGGAGGAAGAAGAAGAAACAUCAGAGGUUGCGACUCUCGUAAAAACCCAGCUGCCUGACAUUGAGGAGGUGCGGAAGAUGCCCUUUGACCCCUACCCCCGCGACCCCAAGUUCAAGCAGGCCAGCCCUGUUUACACAGACAAGAAGCCAAUGGUCUUAACAGAUUUUAAGCAAGAAAGCGAGAGCCAAACGCCAGCCAAGCGAGUGACCAAGUCCAUACGUCUGAGCAGGUUCGCUGCCCACAACGCCUUUCACCACUGUGAACAAUGUCACCACUACUGUGAAGCAGGCCCCGCCUCCCAGCUGUCGGAGUGCACUUUCCACGCGUUCACCUUUUGCUCGUCCAUGCUGGGGGAGGAGGUCCAGCUGCAGUUCGUCAUCCCCAAAGCCAAAGAGCAGCACUUUGUCUUCGGUCAGCAGGGCAGCCACUUGGAGAGCAUGCGCCUGCCUCUGGUCUCCAACAAGAACCCCGACCUGCUGAAGAGUCCGAUCUUCACCCCGACCACGGGGCGCCAAGAGCACGGCCUGCUCAACAUUUACCACGCGAUGGAGGGCGCCAGUCAUCUGCACAUCCUGGUGGUCAAGCAGUUUGAGAUGCCCCUCUACAGGAAGUACUGGCCCAACCACAUCUUGCUGGUCCUGCCGGCGGUGUUCAACAACACGGGAGUCGGUGCCGCCCGCUUCAUGAUAAAAGAGCUGUCGUAUCACAACCUGGAGCUGGAAAGGAACCGACUGGAGGAGCAAGGUGUGAGGAGGCAAGAUGUAUGGCCUUUCAUUGUGAUGAUGGACGACUCAUGCGUGCUGUGGAACACCCACCAGCCCACCGACAGCAGUGAGACAUCAGACGGAACCAACGUGUCGCUGAAGACGGUCCUGCAGCAAAUGGAGAGCACGCCGAAGAUCUCCCUGUACGCCAUGUGCGGUACGCGCAGGUGGAGCAGCGGCUUGGCUCGCAGGUCUCCGAGCGCCCCCUUCAGCCGCUGUCACCUCCAUGACUUUGUCCUGCUCAACGUGGACCUGACGCAGAACGUGCAUUACGACCUCAACCGGUACAGCUGCGAGGAGGUGGACUUCAAUCUGAGGGUGAACAGCAGUGGGUUGCUGCUGUGCCGCUUCAACCACUUCAGCUUCAUGAAGAAACACAUUCCAGUGGGCGGAAACAAAGACUUCCUGGUCAAACCCAAACUCGUGGAGAUGGAAAACCCCACCGCGAUCAGCCCGCCACAGUAUGUUUGCGCCCCGGACAGCGAGCAGACCCUCCUGGACGCCCCGGCCCAGUUCUUGCUCGAAAGGUUCCUGCAGAGCUGCAGCCACAGACUGUUCCCGAAGGCCGUUCAGAACCGGAGCAACCCGGUUCUGUCCAUCGACAGCUACCUCAACAUCAGCCCGGAGAUCUCUGUGUGCUACAUCAACUCUCGUCCACACUCCACCAACCUGAACCAUCAGGGGCUGCUGUUCAGCGGCCUGCUGCUUUACCUCUGCGACUCUUUCGUCAUCUCUGGACUCCUCAAGAAAUUCCGCUUCCUCAAAGGCGCCACUCUCUGCGUGAUCAGCCAGGACCGAAGCUCCCUGCGGCAGACCAUCGUCCGACUGGAGCUGGAGGACGAGUGGCAGUUCCGCCUGCGGGACGAGUUUCAGACGGCCAACUGCGUGGAGGACCGGCCCCUCUACUUUCUGACCGGCCGCCACGUUUGAACCCUGAAAAAACGCACUCGGGAGACUCAGGGCGGAUUUGAUUCCCAAGGAGGAUCAGAGGUUGUGAGCUGGAGCGUUGGAUCCAAAGUGCCCCACGAGUGGACACGAGGGCCCCUGACGGGUCUUUCCCUUCAUCCGUAGUGCCACGGUGCACCGUGACAAACUCUGGAGAGACGCGGUGCGGGUUUGGACUCCGCUUGAGCUCGUGUUCCACUGAAGGGGAAAGCGUCGACGGGACUAUUUGAAGAUUGUAUUUGUACAUACAAAUGUACUUUGACUACUGUAUGUCCCGUUCUGGACAUACGUGUUUUAUCUCAGGGUGUUAUUGGGAGAUCCAAGGAAAGGCCGCUUAAAGGGGUGACGCUUCUUCUUUUUCUUUUCUUUUUUCAUUCACCGUGUAUUUUUGAUUCGUGUCGUGCACCAAAGACGUCCUUGCUGCCUUUCCCGCUCGCUCGCCCGCUCGCUCGCCCGCUCGCUGUCCUCGUCGCCGCUCACCUGCUCCGCCUCUCAAACUCCACGCAGCCCAUCGCCUGUAACAGUCAGCCCACUGCAAUGAAGAUACAUAAACACAGAGGUUGACCUGUACAGGAUUUCUCAAUCAUUUAGACCUCAAAUGGACUUCUGUCUUGUGCCUAAAAAAAAAAAAAAUGUGUAUCGAUAAUCCUUCUGACGGGGAGCUGAAUGAAUGUCGUUUUAGUCCCAAGUUGACUGACGCUUAAAUUAUCCAAAGAUUUUCUUCACAACUAACGAAAACUUACCAGUUGUUUCCCCUCAAGAAUGUAGAGGUUUAAUGUUCCAUUCAGGCUUGAAUAUACAAUUGCGAAGCACGUGUUUGGUCCAAAACACACACUCUGACUCGCCACAUGGUUCUACUCGUAAAACUCAAAUUUUAAAUGCCAAUCACGCGGACGGGAGCAACGCUGAGGAAAAAAAUAGUUUACUGCUACACUCUGAAUGUUUUGUAUUCAGGCAUUUACUGACUUGAAAACUGGGUGUUUCAACCACAAUCACAUCGCAGCAAUCAAUGCUGUUUAAUAAGCCAGCCUCUCCACUGCCAAAUAUCCUGCUACUGACUACUGUGAUGUCACCUCCUGUUACAAUAUUCUGAGGCUGUACGUUAAAGGCCUCUGAUGCCACAUUUACCCAUAAUCUGCCAUAUAUUUUGUCCCCCAAAACAAUAGGGAAAUCCAAGAAAGGGUCACACGCUGCCGAAAGCAGCUGAUGGGAUCGUUUCGUAUACUUGAAAGUAGAGUGUUUUAUAUGUUCCUGCACAGGGUUGUCCAAAGAAUAUGCCUUUUUGGUGACGUUUCACACGGUCACUGCUAAAGUCUCAGAUUUUUUCGGACCAAUGAGAAACCAUUUAACUGUGAGACGAUGAAAUGUUGUUUGUCAGAGUGAAGCAAAAUGACAUAAUUAGAUUUCGGACUACUGUACUGUUUAAAGCUUUGUUUACAUUAAUAAUAUAUUAUAUCAUCCCCUUAACCACUGAGGGUUACUGAUGUAUUUUUUUAGUCUUGUGUAACUUUUGCCAGUAUAUUUUGGUCAUGAUGUCUUUCUUAAUAGUAUGUUUAUGUUGCAAAGACAAGAAGAAUCUACCUAGACGAGUCCUUAACCACAUGUGCGUAUCCCUUCCUGUUCUUGUGUUGUGUUUCUAUUAAAAAUGAAAAUUAGGUCCGUUAGGGAUUCUUAUUUAUUCGACAAGCAUUUUGGACUGAUAAUCAUAUCGCAGUGUCGUAUUUGAUUGCAUGCGGAGCUCGUCUAAACCAUCUUGGGAGAAUCGGCACAAAUGAAUGUCACAUGGGGGGGGUGGGGGGGGGUAGGAAAUUUGAACUUGCACUAUACAAGUUACCAGCAGGAAAAAGAACCAAAUAUUUCCCAUUAUUAAACGUGCCCUAAAAUCUGUCCAAAAAACACGACUUGUGAUCCAAACUCUAACUUAAACUCCAACGGACAAUGGAAUGUGUCUUUCUUGUUAAUAAUUUAACUCUUAAUAUGCAACUUGCUCCCACAAUCUUCACCAAAAUGUGUUUGAUAACCAUGUGCGGCCCGGUGGUGGCCUUGGUGUCCGAGCGAUCUACCUCAUGUUUACCGUUGUGGUUGCAGAUUGUCAACGUUAUUAGAGAUAUUAGAGCCACGCUAUCGUUGUUGGAAAUGUAUGAAUGUAAUAAAGUGACUUCUAAAAUCA